AAGAAGACGUCGCCCGCUUACGUCAUCAGGAAAACAAACAACAGAACGCUCGUGCUCUCCGUUAGCUGUCCGUGUUUUUCCCACCAACACGGACUUACCUGCGGCUUUAUUCGUCAUUUUCUUUCACCUACAGUUUUAUUUAUCACCGAGGUAUUAGCUGAGUGAAGCUAACGAGAGCUAGCUGCCUUCACGGUAGCUUUGAACCAAAAUGGAUGAUAAUAAGAUGGUGGCUGGUAAAGUGAAGAAACCUGGGAAACGGGGACGCAAACCUGCAAAGAUCGACCUGAAGGCCAAACUGGAGCGAAGCCGUCAGAGCGCGAGGGAGUGCAGAGCCAGGAAGAAGCUGAGGUACCAGUACCUGGAGGAACUGGUUUCCAGUAAGGAGAGAGCCAUCUGUGCCCUGAGAGAGGAGCUGGAGAUGUAUAAGCAGUGGUGUUCGGCAAUGGAUCAGGGGAAGAUCCCAUCAGAGAUCAAAGCUCUGCUGACAGGAGACGAGCAGAAACCGCCACCAGGGGUCAGCAGCAUGAAGACGUCUAAGAACAAGAACAACAUCAGCAGCAGCAAUGGAUGAAUGAAUCACUGUGAAAUUCAGACACAUGUUUAAAGUGCUGUUGCUGACUCUGUCUGCUUCAUCUACACGUAAUAAUAACAGGAACACUCGCAAACAUUUCAUUUCAUACUCUGAUCUCCAGUAGGAAAUAUUAAGAUGCCUUUCAGUUAAGCUCUCUAUAUGUUUUCUGUUUCUGCUCCUCCUGAGGAGCUUAAAUCAGUAGGAUUGUGUGUAUGAAGGUGUUUAAAUAAGUCAACCUCCUGUUGUUGAGUUUGAAAAAGAAGAGAGGCCGGAGGAUUGGGAAUCAAAAUGUACAGAGAUGUUGAAGAGUGAUGGAUAUAUUUUUAUAUUUUGUAUUUUAUAUGUCAGCUUAGAGAAGCUCCUUUUGUUUGUGAAUGUUAAAGUUCAGACUUUCCUCCACAUCCUCUUUGAGCUCCUGACUUCAGUUUUUCUCUGUAGAAUAAUCCAGUUCAUACAAACAGUGGCUCAUUCACAGCCUCUCUGCAAACCGUCUGUUUCUCACAGCAUUAUUACAAACAUUUAAAUGUCACUUUAAAGCUCUUAAUUUUGUCUUAUUUCUGUUCUGAAACUUGUGCACUUUCUUAUUUUUGCACUUUGUUAAUCGAUUGUUGGUCGAUGCUUUGCUACAUAUAUGUCUUCAAACUCGUUUGUAAAUGGAAAAAUAAACAUGUUUGACCACUA